AUGGCCCCUCAAGACCGUAUUGCACAGGUGUCCUCCCAUCUUAAUUACCCGCAGGGUCUGCUUGCUGGCCAAAUUGCCAUUAUCACUGGCGCUGGUCAGGGUGUUGGUGCUGAAGCUGCUCGCCUAUUUGCCAACGAGGGAGCGAAAGUAGUUGUUGCAGAUCUUGAUGCCAAGAAAGCAGAGGCUGUUGUGAAAUCGAUCAAUGAUGCCUCGCCCGGACGAGCCAUUGCCGUAGUUGGCGAUGUGACGGACCCCACAUAUGUGAAAAGGGUCGUGCAAAAAGCUGCCGAAUUUGGCAACGGGAAGAUUCAUAUUAUUGUUAAUAACGCUGGGUAUACGUGGGAUGGCGUUAUUCAUAAACUUUCGGAUAAGCAAUGGGAGGCCAUGAUAGCUGUCCACGCCACAGCACCCUUCAAACUGGUCCAAGCCGCGGCUCCAUACUUCAGAGUAAAAGAUGGUGCUGACAGAGUCAUCGUGAACAUCAGCAGUACCAGUGGCAUCCACGGAAACCCUGGCCAAGUUAACUACGCCGUCGGCAAGGCUGGUAUGGUCGGCCUCACCAAAACAAUCGCGAAGGAAUGGGGUCCCCAAUUCGGUGUCCGCGCCAACACGAUUGCUUUUGGCUUGGUGCUAACACGGCUGACUGCGGCCAAGGAGGCUGGCGCCUUUAUCACAACGCCUGAUGGUGAAAAGGUCGCUCUCGGUAUACCUUCAGCCCAGUUGGCGGCGAGGGCUGGAGGCGAUGAGAGGGAUAAGUAUCCUGAUAUCCCGUUGAGAAGAGGGGCAACUCCCACGGAAGCAGCGAGGUCGAUUUUGGCAGUGGUGAGCCCCUUGCUGAGCUAUGUUAACGGGCAAACUAUCAUGGUUACGGGAGGGCGGAAUAUGUAA